CGCCGCGGCGUCUCCAUGGCACGACCCUGGCCUCCGACUUCAACGACUUCAUAAGGAGGCGUUUCUGGGCGCAGCCGUGCCGCUCCUGGACAGUUGCUGUGCGACUCGGACAGUAGAGGAGCGCCUCCCAAGGUGUCAUCCACCUGCCACCCCCAAAGCUUCCACCCUCUCCCCCCCAGAGGACGUUUGAUGCCGGGCCCCUGAGGUUCUCACUGGCAAGGCCCUGUGGGUGCCCCUGAGCAGAGCCGGUGCGGCUUUGAUGCCUUGGCCAUGUCUGCCUCGUCCUCGGGCGGCUCCCCCAGGUUUCCAUCGUGUGGGAAGAACGGAGUAACCAGUCUCACGCAGAAAAAGGUCUUGAGAACACCGUGUGGCGCACCCAGCGUAACUGUGACGAAGCGAACCAUGAAGGACCGCUCCUCAACUCCCCCUUUACAUGUUCACGUGGAUGAGAACACCCCUGUCCACGUCCACAUAAAAAAACUCCCGAAACCAUCAGCGACCAGCAGCCAGAAAUCCCAUAAGCGCGGAAUGAAAGGGGACACCGUGAAUGUGCGGCGGAGUGUCCGGGUGAAAACCAAGGUACCUUGGAUGCCCCCUGGAAAGUCAUCCGCCCGGCAUGUGGGAUGCAAGUGGGAGAACCCACCUCACUGCCUGGAGAUCACGCCACCGUCGUCAGAAAAGCUGGUGUCAGUGAUGCGGCUCAGUGACCUCUCUACAGAGGAUGACGACUCGGGUCACUGUAAAAUGAACCAUUAUGAUAAGAAGAUUGACAGUCUAAUGAACGCGGUUGGUUGUCUCAAGUCGGAGGUCAAGAUGCAGAAAGGGGAGCGCCAGAUGGCCAAGCGGUUCCUGGAGGAGCGGAAGGAGGAGCUGGAGGAGGUGGCGCACGAGCUGGCCGAGACGGAGCACGAGAACAACCUGCUGAGGCACAACAUCGAGCGCAUCAAGGAGGAGAAGGACUUCACCGUGCUUCAGAAGAAACACCUCCAGCAGGAGAAAGAGUGCCUCAUGUCCAAGCUGGUCGAGGCGGAAAUGGAUGGAGCCGCGGCCGCCAAGCAAGUCAUGGCCCUGAAGGACACCAUUGGAAAGCUGAAAACGGAAAAACAAAUGACUUGCACGGACAUCAACACCCUCACGAGGCAAAAGGAACUUCUGCUGCAGAAGCUGAGCACGUUUGAGGAGACCAACCGCACCCUCCGAGACCUGCUGAGGGAGCAGCACUGCAAAGAGGAUUCCGAAAGACUAAUGGAGCAACAAGGAGCACUGCUGAAGCGGCUGGCCGAGGCCGACUCCGAGAAAGCGCGCCUGCUGUUAAUGCUGCAAGACAAGGACAAGGAGGUGGAAGAGCUCCUCCAGGAGAUACAGUGUGAGAAGGCUCAAGCAAAGACAGCGUCUGAGCUUUCCAAGUCCAUGGAGUCCAUGCGUGGGCAUUUGCAGGCGCAGCUUCGGUGCAAGGAGGCUGAGAACAGCCGCCUGUGCAUGCAGAUCAAGAACCUGGAGCGAAGUGGGAACCAGCACAAGGCAGAAGUGGAAGCCAUCAUGGAGCAGCUGAAGGAACUGAAGCAGAAGGGAGACCGAGACAAGGAGGCCCUGAAGAAGGCCAUCCGGGCCCAGAAGGAGCGGGCCGAGAAGAGUGAGGAGUACGCCGAGCAGCUGCACGUGCAACUCGCCGACAAGGAUCUUUAUGUUGCUGAAGCUUUAUCUACUCUGGAGUCGUGGAGGAGCCGCUACAACCAGGUGGUGAAAGACAAGGGAGACCUCGAGCUGGAAAUUAUUGUCCUGAACGACCGAGUGACAGAUCUUGUAAACCAACAACAAACCUUGGAGGAGAAGAUGCGGGAAGACCGGGACAGCUUGGUGGAGAGACUACACCGUCAGACGGCCGAGUAUUCCGCAUUCAAGCUGGAGAACGAGAGGCUGAAGGCUAGCUUUGCCCCAAUGGAGGACAAGCUCAACCAGGCACACAUCGAGGUCCAGCAGCUGAAGGCAUCGGUGAAGAACUACGAGGGGAUGAUUGACAACUAUAAGAGUCAGGUGAUGAAGACGAGGUUGGAGGCUGACGAGGUGGCUGCCCAGUUAGAGCGCUGCGACAAAGAGAACAAGAUCCUGAAAGACGAGAUGAACAAGGAGAUCGAGGCGGCUCGGCGGCAGUUCCAGUCCCAGCUGGCUGACCUUCAGCAGCUGCCUGACAUCCUCAAGAUCACGGAGGCUAAGCUGGCCGAGUGCCAAGACCAGCUGCAGGGCUAUGAGAGGAAGAACAUUGACCUCACAGCCAUCAUAUCAGACCUGCGCAGCCGGAUCGAACAUCAGGGGGACAAGCUGGAGAUGGCGAGAGAGAAACACCAGGCUUCCCAGAAGGAAAAUAAACAGCUGAGUCUGAAGGUGGAUGAACUGGAGAGGAGACUGGAGGCGACCAGUGCGCAGAAUAUCGAGUUCCUACAGGUGAUUGCCAAGAGGGAGGAGGCCAUCCACCAGUCCCAGCUGCGCCUGGAAGAGAAGACGCGGGAAUGCGGGUCCCUGGCGAGGCAGCUGGAGAGCGCGAUCGAAGAUGCCAGGAGGCAGGUGGAACAAACCAAGGAGCAGGCGCUUUCCAAGGAGCGAGCAGCCCAGAACAAAAUCCUGGACCUUGAGACCCAGCUGAGCAGAACCAAAACAGAACUCAGCCAGCUGCGGCGGAGCCGAGAUGAUGCGGACCGCCGCUACCAGAGCCGGCUGCAGGACCUGAAAGACCGCUUGGAGCAGUCGGAGGGCACCAACCGCAGCAUGCAGAACUACGUCCAGUUCCUCAAGUCGUCCUACGCCAACGUGUUUGGGGAGGGGCCUUACAGCACCUUCCUGACCAGCUCUCCCAUCCGCUCCCGGUCUCCUCCGGCCUGAGGCUGCCUGUCCAGGGCCUGGAGCCCUGCCUGACGCUAUGGCUACCAGCGGGCUGCCAAGCUGUAGUGGGAAGCCUGUUGGUUCCCCGCCCUCUUGCAGGGAGGAAGUGUGGCCUGGGUCUUGUCCUUAGCUCCUGGCAUGAAGGCCCUGAAGCAGCAGGGGGACGAAGCGGGAAGCACGCGGUCCACUCUCCCUGAUGAUGGUUGUCAGACGGGAGUUAGGUUCCUUGACAGGCUUUACAUGUAUUACUGCACGAGGGUACCGGGUUGUAGGGUUGUAGUCUCCAUGACUUUGCUGAGUCUCUUCCUUUCCCAAGAGACUGUUUGGCCAGGACUUCUUCCUCCAGUCCUCCUCCACUCCCAUCCUGGUCGGAAUCUGUCUUGGGUGUUCUGAGACCUGCUCCGGUGUGAGCCCCUCGUGGGCUGUGGGCUCCUUCACUGGCUCUAGACCGCUGAUGCGGGGUUCCGAGGCCCCCUCCUUAGCUCGGUGGGAAGCGGCCUCGAGGCCACGUGCCCCAGCCGCUUCCCAGCAGACCUUCCAGGGCGUGGGCCCGUUGGGCUGCUGCAGGUGUGACCCCCACCUUACUGAUUUUUGUUUUCUCUUUGCCUGGUUUGUUUCUCGGGGGUGCAUCUAUUCUUGAAAUGUUUGUGUGGUUUUACAAAAUGUUUUUAUAAUCAGUUAUUUUAAGGCUCCAUUGGAUGAUUUUUUUUUUUGCCUCUAAUACCUUUUCUAAAAAUGAUUAAAAAGAGAGCCAGUAAACGUUUUUAAAGUACUUGGCACAUAAAACUCGAGGCUUUUUGUUUCAUUCCAGCCCAGGUGGUCCUUUCCCUGUGUGCGUGUUCAGCCUCUGGGGAAGCAGAGUGCCAGGCGCAGCUCUGUGCUCAGUGCAGGUCACCUGAGUUGUUAGGAGGACAGCAAGGGUGUGUACUGCCUUCUUUUUUUAAACAGGAUUUAUUUAUUUACUUGAAAGUCAGAGUUACAUACACAUACACACACAGAGAAAGUCUUCCAUCCACUGGUUCACUCUCAAGUUGGCUGCAAUGGCCGGAGCUGCACCGAUCCGAA